AUGUUAUCUGGUAAGGAAAUAAGGAUUGGUGCCCUGUUGACACUGGACACAGUUUUCUUCGUUAUCGAGAUCACUAUUGGUUAUAUGUCUCACUCAUUGGCCCUAAUUGCAGAUUCUUUUCAUAUGCUAAAUGAUAUUUUCUCUUUACUGGUUGCUCUUUGGGCUGUUAGUGUCGCUAAGAAUAGAGGUCCUGAUGCCAAGUAUACUUACGGUUGGAAGAGAGCCGAAAUUUUAGGUGCAUUGGUUAACGCUGUCUUUCUGAUUGCGCUGUGUUUCUCGAUUUUCAUUGAAGCAUUACAAAGAUUGAUUGAAGUUCAAGAAAUUCAGAAUCCUAAAUUAGUUUUGAUCGUUGGUUGCGCUGGUCUGGCCUCUAACAUUGUCGGUCUAUUUUUAUUCCAUGAUGAUGGCCACGGCCACGGUCACUCCCAUGGUGGUCUAGGCUCUGAUAUUGAAGCAGGGGAAAGCCAUGGCCACGAUCACGGACAUAGCCACGGCCAUGAUCAUUCUCACCAAGAAGAAAUUAACGCUGGCCUAGAUCCAAACUGUCCAGCACAUAGAUCUGAUGAAGAAUUAGAAGAAGAAGAUACUGAGAGUGAUGGAAACGGUUUCUAUAACAAUAACAUCGGUGAUAUUCUGACUCAAACCGCUAUGACAAGACUUGCCACCGAAAACACUAGCUUAUUAGCUGAUUCAGAUGAAGCGGCCAAGAAGAAGGCUGAAGCCAAGAAAAAGAGCCAAAAGUCAUUGAACAUGCACGGUGUGUUUCUACAUGUUCUUGGUGAUGCUCUAGGUAAUGUCGGUGUUAUUGUUGCAGCUUUGUUUAUUUGGAAAACAGAUUAUUCUUGGAGACAUUACUCAGAUCCAGUUGUUUCCCUUCUAAUCACGGCCAUAAUUUUCUCAUCUGCUCUACCAUUAUCAAGAAGAGCUUCAAGAAUUCUACUACAAGCCACUCCAUCCACAAUUUCUGCAGAUGAAGUUCAAAGAGAAAUUUUGGCAGUUCCUGGUGUAAAGGCCGUCCAUGAUUUCCAUAUCUGGAACUUAACCGAGUCUAUAUACAUUGCAUCUAUCCAUGUUGAAAUUGACUGUGCAGCUGACAAGUUUGAGAGCUCAGCCAGAAAGAUCAGAAGAAUUUUCCGCCAACAUGGUAUUAACUCUGCUACAGUUCAACCAGAAUUCAUUAGAGACGACGUCAGCCCUGAUGAACGUAGAAGGUUCUCCAUGAUUGCCGGUGGCUCUGAGGAACUACCACCAGAGCCUCUAAAUCCAGAUCAUUUGAAGUCAUCAAGAUAUGGCACUCUGAGCGCAUCUAAUAUUUCAGAAGACGCUAUUGCUGAUGACAAUUAA